AAAUAUACAAUAGGUUGGCACAAGAAGGAGUUGUUGUGAACAUGAAACCAAGCGAGGAUAAGAAGAAGGUGAAGAUUUCAAAAGAUGGGAACUAUGCUGGUCCAUUUGCAUUCAAAGUGAACUUUCCUGCUGGUUUUAGGCCAAAUGUUAAUUUCCUUGAACAGUUCGAGCGGUGGCAGAAAUUGGAGUUUCCUUCUCCUUAUUUGAAUGCAAGAAGGUUUGAUGCCGCAGAUCCAAAAACUCGAAAACGGGCCUUGGGAGUGAUUCAUGAGCUCCUCAGCUUGACCAUGGAGAGGAGGAUGACAUCUGCCCAGUUAGAUGCAUUUCAUGCAGAGUGUUUUUUGCCGUCACAAUUGCUUCUUUGCUUAAUAAAGCAUCAUGGGAUAUUUUACCUCACUAAUAAAGGUGUAAGGAGUACGGUUUUCCUCAAGGAUGCAUAUGUUGGUUCUAACUUGAUUGAUAAGUGUCCUUUAUUGCAAUUUAAUGAUAAAUUUGUGGCACUCUGUGGUAGAGGAAAUGUUGAUUUGUGUGACAUCAAGAGUUCUUUACAAGCUGUUGUUUAGAAGUUGAAUUUUCUGGAGUCUAUCAGUUACUCUCUCUCCCUGUGUAACGGAUGGAUGAUUGCAAUGCAAGCUCAUCCGCCUCAUACUUUCACGGAAUUUCUUAUUGGAUUGGAUCAUUUUAAUUGUGCGCACCUUACAAGCAUCAAGAUCAAGGUGUUGUAGAAAAGUGUAUCGUGUCAAAUUAUGAAUCUUGCGGGAUCCUUGGUUCAUUUAGUUGACAAUUUGCUCUGCUAAUCCAAUGUGUAUAUUUGCUCUCGAGUAACAUCUCUCAGAUGACUCUCAGAGUGAUAACAAAAUGGCACGUGUGAAUGAGGUUUGAAUAGAGACUUUGGCACUAUAUGGACCCUUCGACGAGAUCUUACCUUGCAUGUGCUCCUCUUAAUGCAUACAUGGGUGACUAGUUAAGGACAUGUAAUCACUUCAAGAGAAGCUGUCAGGGGUUUGGUGCAGUAGUUUUUCUGAAUGCUUUUCCCACUCGUUCGAGCAAAUGUUCUUACCAGGAAAAACUUAGGCAUCACUGAAUGUUUUGGUUCAGAAAUUGUUCUUGAUAAAAAAUAUUCAGCCUCAAAAAGGAAUUUCAACUUUCAACAAAAGGUUAUUAUGCUGACUUGGGGGUGUACAGAACCUGUCCCAGCCUGCAGACCCGUUAGGUCUGACCCGAAUCUGGAAAAAAGCUUAUAAAUUAGCAGGAAGGGACGCGGACGGGUCCGGGUUGACACUUGGGUCACCUAGUCUGUACCAUUUGUUAGUGAGGACUUGGGUUGUUUUUUACUUACCAAGUAUUAAGGAAACACUAGACAUCAAUGUAUUGCACGUCAAAAUACUCCAUUGUUCAAAUUUAAACUUAGUCA